AUGGCAGCAGAGUGGGAGCCGAGAGCCGUGCAGAAGCGGAUCUCAUUUGGGUCAUGUCAAGAGCGGAAAAUAUUUCCUCUCCACCGUGCCCCAGACAGGCUGGGAAUUCAGCAGAUGGUCAUCCCAGGAAACCCAUCGCUUGGGCCAGGCUGUUACCUUAGUCAAGAGGGAAGCAGCCUCAACUGUUUGGAAAAUAAACCACUGAGCAAGAAAGGCUAUGUGAUAGGAGCAAGAACAGCCCAGCGUUUCAGACCAGAACCGCAGACUGUGACUCCUGGCCCAGCAACGUACCAGCCGUGCUGGAAGAAAGAGAGAAAAUGCCAGCCUGCCUAUGCUCCGUUUUCCGUUAUGACACCACGAUUUCCAAAUAAGCCUUCAGAUAAAGAAUUUUUCCCUGGACCUGGAACUUACGAAGUGGAAAAGCCAUUACACAAAAAAAUCACUUGGCCGAUGAAGUUUGGGUCUCCAGACUGGUCUUUAGUGCCGAUGCCAGCAAAGAGGAUGUUAAAAAUGGAGGUACAGAAGCUGACCAUAGACAAGGAACUCCGGAGACACCGGGACCGACUGGCCUACCUGAGUUUGUACUACAGCUCUGUGCACAGCCAGCAGCUUUACUGA